AGAGCUUUGGCCAAACACGCAGGAGAGCCGGUGGACUGUGCUUGGGCUAGUAUUGAACCCGCUGGACCGUUACCCCAUUCUGCUCAGACAUGGCUGGAGCCCAGAGUGACCCCAUGAAAUGGUCACUUCCAGGCUGGAAAAUCGAGCAGAAAUAUUCCAACAAGGUCCUUAUAGGCAACUGGGAAGAAGAGAGAAAACAAGUUAAAGAAACCAAUGAAGUGAACAGCAGGACCGGUAGAAGCAAAUUCCGGCACCCCGAUGGCACUGUGAUCCGUAGAGAGGGUCUGCCCAAAGAAGUCCUUUUUGGUCACCACAUGACUCCCGCCUCCUGGUAUCUGGUGUCCACCUAUGAUGAGUUUUUCAAUCGCAGGGGCAAUCCACUCCUGCCCGCGCGGCGAUAUUGGGAUGGGAACAGGCUGGCCUGGCUUCCUGAGAGGAGUGACCACCCAAUACCAAGUAAGCAGCUAGCCGGGGGCUUUUCAACGAUUCCUCGAUAUCUCUUGGUUUCUUCGGUGAUUGUGUUGGUGCUCUAG